AUGCCGUAUCAAGUUCGGUAUACGACACAAAUGGAUUUAUUUCCAUCUGAAAAUGCGUUACCGGAAUACCUUUGUACAGACUGGCGAUGUCUAAAUCGCUGCCCUGACGUAACAUGUGAAGAGUCAUCGCUUCCAUCCAUCCAUUAUUCUCUUCCGCCUUACCUAAAGCUUUUGGGAUUUUCCAUUUCCUUUCACAUGCUAAAAGAAGAAGAACAAAUCCGGGAAACCUUUCAUUACAUACAAAAACUCUGUUGCGGAAUUUCUUUUGGUGGAGGAGAAGCUCUAAUGAUAGAAUUGGAUAAAUGUCUCUCUUACCUUAGUAUGGCUGUUCAGAAUCUAACCCUUAAUGGUGACUUAGCUCCGCUCAGUUUCAUUGCUUGUUGUUUCAAAAAUCUUUUGGUCCGAACGGGAACGCUGGGACAGUAUGCUUGUGAUAGUGACACGCUUAGCACAGGAGUUAUCGAAAAUAACUGUCGUUUCCACUCCAUCCUUCUUGUGUGGACAACUGCCCUUCGAGUCUUCUUUACUUUGAAAGGUACUGUUGGUGCGGACUUACUGUGCCCACCGUUAGCGAAUGAGACCUCGCUAGUAUCCCAAAUAGCUUUAUUUCUUGCUUACAGCCUUCUUGUUGUUACUAGAGUGACGAGGGUUUCAUUCAUUUGUAAUUGUGUAAAGCAGGCUUGGGACCAGCUACAUAACACACUUGGUGAAGAGUUCUUUUCAACUUUUGAAUCUCUGCUUGGCAUAUGUUUGGGUUUACAAGCAUGUCCACUUCCGGAGAAUCCUGCAUCCUUUAUGCUGUUUGACCUUUACGAAGCUCGUGGCACGCUUGAUGCGACAGUUUUUUUGAACGUUUUCUGUGCUUUAGGACCGAAAUACGGGAACCUUCUCGGUCUUAGUAAGACACCCAAAGACUGCAUGCGUUGUUUGGAUAAAAUAGUUUCUCGUAUACCCGAUGAUGAAACUGUGCUAAACAAGCUCUGUACUUUCUUCGAGGGGUGUAGUGAAAACGAAGUGCCUGGAGCUGAACUGAUUUUAAAAACUUUAUUCAACCGUUUGGCGCAAAGGUUGGUAGAUCCUUUUGCAAAGACUUCGUCGUUUAUGCCUGAAAGUGGUAAGCAGUGGCUGAACUCUAUCCAAAGGCAAGGCAGUGGGGUGUCGGGAGAUAUUGAUCGUUCCGACCUGUGGGCAUUGUUUAUUCGAAUAGUUUUUAUUCUUGUUCCUCGCUCAGAUGUGGCUUGGCAGUCGUUGAAAUCACAUCUUUUCGCAAAGUUUACUGUUAAAAAGUUACGAAAAAUGCCUUUGCAAUGCCUUGUUCAGUUGAUAUCAGUUUUUCUUUCAUUUGCUAUUACAGCAGACCUACAACAGGUAAGCGAAAGGAUGCUCCAGCUAUUUGCAAGUGCGUUUGAAAGUUGUCAGGCAAGUCACAUCCGUAUUUUAUUACGUGGUCUUCAUGCUGUCAUUGAACUGCAUCGGGAGAGACGGUUAGAUGAUAGCAAAAUUAUCAGUGCUUUAGUUUCACUUAUGGAGAAGCUUUCUGAGGUAGAACAUAGCGUAUUCUACUUGGAAAAUUACCUAUAUGUGUGCGAUAGGCGAGUACCUCCUAAUAAUUUUGCGAAGUUUUUGGAAUGUAUGAAUGACGUGGAUGUAUGUCGAAUGUUUGAAGCAUUAGCGAAGCAUAAUAAUGUCAGUGAUCUAAUUUGGAAUAUAGCAGUAAAGAAACUGAACUCGUCUUUUUCGAGUCAAGCAAUUUUUUUUACUGCUUGUCAGUUGAAGGUAAUUUCUGCUCAAAAUCGCUCAAUAGCUGUUCAAAAGAUGGGUUCAGUUGUGAAAGCGUUACUCAUUAAGAAGAAUGUGUCGGUCAAUGCCUGUUUUUAUUUUCUUGAUUGUCUUUCGCAAAACUCGGGACCAAAUUCUAUUUUCUUUUUCGAGACUUUAUUUCCUGUUUGGAUGUAUGUUCUCCUUUCGAAACCGGAUUCUGAAGGUUUACGAAACGUUUCACGACUCAUUUUCAUUAGUUUUCAAGAAUUUUUGGCAGAUAGAGGCAUUACGGUAACAGGGUUUGAUUGUAAUUAUUCCAGCAGUUCUGAUGUUUUCAAAAGAAUAUUUGAGAAGUUGGCUAUUUUGCCUGGUGGAAGUUCGAUUUCUGCUAAAAUUUAUUUGGAACGUUGGUUAGGGGAUGUAGUGCCCGGAUUGAGUGCUUCUUUGCAGAAAUUAGAUCUUAAGGAGGCAGAAAAUAGUACAAAAAAUGUGUCAUAUAUUUUUCAGUUUUGUUCAGUACUGAUAUUUCGACACCCAGAUAAAGGUGAAUUUAACAGUUCACCUUUCGUCCGGCUCUGCAAACUUUAUCUGCAAGGCAUUCUGCUUAAUAGAGACUUUGAUGUUUCUUUUCUGGAAGAAUGUGUUCCGAAUUUCGUGACGGGUUUACUUCGACUUCCGGUAUCCACUGUACCAUACCUGCAACGUUUGCUGGCAGAUAUAAUUAUUAAAUUUGGCUCUAUUUUUACGUUGAAACAGAUUCUGCUGGACCGAUUAAAAGGUCAGCCAGAUGUUGUCAUGGCUCUCCGUAGAGGACCUUCCAGGGAUGUGAUGUUGCAGAAAUUUUUGUUUUUACUUCCUGUAUAA